AUGAACUUCAGGAGCAUGGAAGAAUUCUGGCCAUUCUACAUGAACCAGCACUCAAAAGCAGCAACAAGGCGCUGGCAUUUUGCAGGCACAGUGUGCAGCUUUGUGUGCUUGAUAUACUCAUUGCUCUUCAAUCUGUGGUUCUUGAUUUUUGUGCCCUUGUUGAGGAAUGGGUUGAGUUGCUACAGCCAUUUCUUUGUUGAAGGGAAUCUUCCCACAUCAUUUAGGCACCCAAUUUGGUCUCUGCUUUGUGAUUUCAAGAUGUUUGGGCUGAUGCUUACUGGCCAGAUGCAUAGAGAGAUGAAGAGGCUUGGUAAAAGGCCUGUGUUGCAAGCAUAUUGA